CGAGAAAUCACCAACUCUUGAUCAGUAAUUAGCGCGUGUUUGAGAUGUCUGAUGGCGCUGAUGGCGGGAAGCGCCAGCGCGUCGACGGCCCGGCUGCCUCAGGUAAGCCGAGAGAGAUGGAGAGGAUGGGGUGAAGCAUGGUAUGAACAGAUGAUGUGCUGUGUGUCGUCAGGUCAUGGGAUGAAUGGAGUGUCAUCAUCGCAGCACCAGCAGAUGGAUGCCGCCCAUGACGCAUCGGUGGGCCGUCUGUCCCAUACACCUUUGAAAGGCCUUUGUGUGGCAGCACGACUGUGUGUGUCUUGUGUGUCUGUGUGCAGGCGGCCGGCUGUAGUCUUAGUUUUGAGGAGGUGCAGCGGCGCUUCUCAGUGCUGCUGGCACAAGUGACACAGGUGAGGACGCGAUGACGACACACAUCCACACACACAGCUCGGCCGUGUGUUGCUCAGGUGGAGUGUGAUGUGACGACCAUUGAAGGCUCGUUCGUCGCCAAUGUGGCUCCCCAGGUCAGAGCCUUCAUCCCAUCACCACCGCCGCCAUGACUCAUUCUUCUCUGUCUGUGUCGAUGGCCUCAGGUGCCGUCUGUUGCCUCAAACUGGUCCACCCUCAAGAGCAGCCUCUCGGCGACCUCUGACGCCCUCACCGCCAUCACAGAAGGCAUGGCGGCCACUCACCCACCCCAGGCCCCUCCCUCACACCCCCACCCCUCCCCGCCAGAUGCCCAUGCCGCCCCCACUCAAACCACUGACACUACAGCUGCCGCUGAUGCCGGCACUGCGGCUCGUCGCACAGAGAAUCGCCUACCGUCGGAUCUCUAUUGCGACCACAUCGUCGGCUUCCUCCCUAUCAGUGACGCCAUCUGCCCGGCAAGGGCGGCAAACACUUUCUAUGGUACCGAGCUCGUCGAUGAGAACUUUGUGCUCGGUCGCAUCGACACGGACCUCGGCCGUCGGUCUCUGCGGGGCCUCAUCGACGUGCAGCGCCCGACACUUGAGUACUACACCAAGUGCGCCCAUACACUCGAGUACGGCGGGGUGGUGUGGUGUGAGUGGGCCGAUUUCAUCCGGCUGGCUGACAUCUAUAAGCUGACCGACGAUCUGCCUCUGAUCAUGUCGACAGAGUGGAUGGCGCAGCACUUCCGCAGUAAGGCCGACUUCCACUCGAUGCCCGCGGCACUCCGCCAGUACAGCACAUUCGGCCACCUUCUCAACUACAAGGGCACCAGUCUGGCGCUCACAAAGCUGGAUGAGGCCGAUGAUGGCGGUGAGGGCAAAAAGGACAAAGAGGAGGCCGAGCCAAUGGAGGAGGAUGACGGUGGGGAAGGACAGGGCAAUGGGGACGGAGAGGAGGACAGGGAAGGAGAGGGCGGUGGGAGCGGGCAGAUGGACGAGCCGAUGGAGGGGGAGGGGGAGAAGGAGGAUGGGCAGCGGUACCGCAUCGGAGUCGGCGAGCACCAGUGGGAGUUCGAGACGGUGCCGCUGUCCGGCCUUCCUCCCCGCCAUCCCUUCCGCCGCACAUACGACCCCCACAACCCGCCCAUCCGCUACCUUGCCCGCUACCGCCAUGGCUUGCUCUUCCCCUCGUUCACGGCCUUCAUCCGACGGAUGGUGUUGGCGGCCUGGUGUGGCCAAGAGGGGGUGGGCGAGAAGCGGGCAUUUCGGGUGGGGAGGGUGGACGGCGGCGAUGAGCGCUAUCAGAAGCUGCUGACCGGCACUAUCGAGGACCUCACCACCAUCGACCUCAUCUUGGAGACGAAUGACGAGCGGGUGCGACAGAUCGUGCUCAAGGGCAUGAAGGAGGGCGACAGCAUCGCUGCCCGCCUGUUGCUUGGCAAUGGCUACAUCGAGCUCUACACGAACGAGGCAAGGAUCGAGGGCCAGGAGAGGCUGCCUGACCGAUUCCCCAUCGCGAUGUCCCUGGUCCGCCCUCUGCUGACCAAACACGGACUCGCCCACCUCAUACCGCAGUAGAGACGACCAGACAGGUGAGCCGGGGGGAGGCAAACAGGCAGUGCCACACAUGGUGGUCUGUGUGUGUGUGUGUGUGUGUGAUGGUGUGCAGGUUGAUUUCUUCCGAGUGUUGGCUGAGACUCUCAAGUAGAUUUGCUGGAUGGACGGCCUAUCGAGUGUUAGCUGACGUGCGUGAUCCAUGUCUGUGUGAGAGGUGCAUGAC